UAAUUUCUGGCACAGUGCUGACUUGAGUGCGCACAGACACGCGUGCAUCUUCUACACUUGCGCUCUGUUUGUUUGCAGCAGCAGCGUCAGCGCGCUUCGUCUUGGAUUGUCUCCGAAUAACGACCCUGACCCUUUUAUUAAGCCUGCCCCUCUUGGACGGUUCCUGACGGCUGGAGCUAUGACGUCAGCAGCGUUUCUCAUUUUACUGGUGCUGCCACUGGUCUCCUCCCAGUCCUACCACUGGGGCGCCUGCCCUGACCCUAAGAUCCAGCCCAACUUCAACAUCGAGAAGUACCUCGGCACCUGGUACGAGAUCGAGAAGCUGCCGGCGUCCUUCGAGAGGGGCAAGUGCAUCGAGGCCAACUACAACACGCGCCCUGACGGGACCAUUCAGGUGCUCAACUCUCAGUUCUAUAAGCAAAAGUUCCGGACAGUGGAGGGCACGGCAGUGAUCCCGGACCCCAGAGAACCGGCCAGGCUGAAGGUCAGCUUCUCCUACUUCACGCCGUACGCCCCGUACUGGGUGCUGACCACGGACUACAGCACUGUGGCGGUGGUGUACUCGUGCACGGACGUCCUGCACCUGUUCCACAUCGACUUCGCCUGGAUCCUGAGCCGCUCGCGCUUCGUGCAGCCCCAGACCGUGCAGUACGCCAAGCUGCUGCUGGCGGGAGAGGGCGUGGACGUGUUCCGCAUGAAGCCCACCGACCAGCUGGGCUGCAAGGACUAGGAGGAACAGGGGCACACACACACACACACGCAUAUGGAUACACAUGCAUACACAGACACACGGACACAGACACACGGACACAGACAGACAGACAGACAGACAGACAGACAGACAGACAGACAGACAGACAGACAGAGACACACACACACAGACUGACACAC